AUGAUCGACUCGGUGCAGAGCGGCUGCUACGCGGCGCUCAUCUCGCUGAUGCUGGCGUCCAACUUCGUGCUGAUCCCCGUGCCCGUGCAGCUCAUCACGUCGGCCGCCGCCAUCGUGUACAUCGGCUCGACGCUGUCGCUCAAGCUCAAGCACGCGCGCGAGGCCAGCGGCGAGAAGAACGAGGAGGUGAUGAAGGCCGAGGACGCCUACAUGUUCCCGCUGCUGGGCUCGGGCGUGCUGCUGGGGCUCUACAUCCUCUUCAAGGUCUUCGACAAGGACCUGGUGAACCUGCUGCUGACGUCGUACUUCGCGCUCAUCGGCGCCUACUCGCUCACGGAGGCCUUCAGCCCGCUGCUCUCGCGCGUGCUCUUCAAGGGCAGCCCGCGCGUCUUUACGCACAACAUGAAGGUGCCGUUCUACGGCGUGUACAAGCUCGAGCUGUCCACGGCCUGGAUGCUCACGUUCGUGUUCGCCGCGGCCUUCGCGGCCGCGUGGUUCCAGACCAAGCACUACCUGCUCAACAACAUCUUCGGCAUCUCGCUGUCCAUCAAGGGCAUCGAGUCGCUGUCGCUCGGCAGCUUCAAGGUGGGCGCCAUCCUGCUCUGCGGCCUCUUCUUCUACGACAUCUUCUGGGUCUUCGGCACGGACGUCAUGGUCACGGUGGCCACGUCCUUUGACGCGCCCAUCAAGCUCAUCUUCCCGCGCGAGUUCGCCACCGAGUCGGAGAAGCAGAAGAACUCGAUCCUGGGCCUGGGCGACAUUGUGAUCCCCGGCAUCUUCGUGGCGCUGCUGCUGCGCUACGACGCGCACCGCGCCAACGCCACCAGCAGCGAGCAGAGCUUCCCCAAGCCAUUCUUCCACGUGAACCUGUUGUUCUACAUCCUCGGCCUGGUGGCCACGGUGGCCGUCAUGUUCAUCUUCAACGCGGCUCAGCCGGCGCUGCUGUACCUCGUGCCGGCGUGUUUGGGCUCGGCCCUUGUGACGGCGCUCGUGCGCGGCGAGUUCAAGGAGCUGCUCGCGUACUCGGAGGAGGAGGACGAGGAGGAGGACAGCGACAAGGACGACAAGAAGGACGACAAGGACGACAAGGACGACAAGAAGUCCAAGUAGGAGAGUCGAACCGACAGUUGGUAGAGCUAUCGUAAUGUGAUCGUCGAGAUUCCGCUUG